GACACCCAUUGUUAGAGGAAACAAUGGUAGCUGCCCUUUUGCUCUGGAGGAAGAAGCCAUGCUGAAGCACCUUUUUAAGGUACCUUCCAUUCUGAGCCUCAAAAAAGAUCAUCUGACAUAUUCCUGGUUUUAAAUAACAAAGAUGAAUUUGAGGUGAUUGUUUGCUUGGUUUUGCUGCCCCAAAGUUAGCUGCAGAGCUGACUACUGGAAAGGCACGGUGCAGGGAAAUAUUCCUGUGCUGGAAUACAGUAUUUCAGACCUGAAUAACCAUCUAAGAGGUGUCUCAGCUGAGUGAAGAUCACAAGGCUUCUGAGAUGAUUUGACCUGCGAUGGAGGGAUGCUUCUGGAAAACUGUGGGAGGACUUCAGUGCAAGGCACCUGGCAUCUCUGCCCUCACCGAUCUGUGUCAAAGUCCAGAAUGAACCACACUUGGACAUACAAUGUGAGCUUUGGUGCACCUACAGAUACUGUUGAGCCAAGGGCUGGACUCUCACGAUAUGGGCACACAGUAGUGGCGGUUUUUCUUGGAUUUAUUUUUUUUUUUGGUUUCAUGAAUAACUUGAUUGUCCUCAUCCUCUUCUGCAAGUUUAAAACUCUCCGUAACCCAGUCAACAUGCUCCUCCUGAACAUUAGUAUCAGUGACAUGUUAGUAUGCAUCUCGGGCACUACCCUCAGUUUUGCAUCCAACAUCCAUGGAAAAUGGAUUGGAGGAAAGCAUGGUUGUAGGUGGUAUGGCUUUGUCAAUUCUUGCUUUGGCAUUGUGUCCCUGAUCUCCCUGGCAGUCCUGUCCUAUGAACGCUACAGCACUCUCACCCUGUGCAACAAGCGCAGCGCUGACUACCGGAAGGCACUGCUGGCCGUUGGUGGUUCAUGGAUUUAUUCCCUGGUCUGGACUGUGCCACCUCUGAUCGGUUGGAGCAGUUACGGGAUAGAAGGUGCGGGUACGAGCUGUUCAGUACGCUGGUCCUCGGAGUCAGCUGAGUCCACAUCCUAUAUCAUCUGUCUCUUCAUAUUCUGCUUGGUCAUCCCUGUGAUGGUCAUGAUGUACUGCUACGGCCGCCUCCUUUACGCUGUUAAACAGGUUGGAAAAAUUCACAAGAACACUGCCCGCAAAAGGGAAUACCAUGUACUGUUCAUGGUGAUCACUACAGUUAUCUGUUAUCUCGUGUGCUGGAUUCCCUAUGGAGUUAUAGCAUUACUUGCAACGUUUGGUAAGCCAGGUGUGGUGACUCCAGUUGCAAGCAUCAUACCUUCCAUCCUAGCAAAAAGCAGCACUGUUUGCAAUCCCAUUAUCUACAUACUAAUGAAUAAGCAGUUUUACAAAUGCUUUCGUCAGCUUUUCCACUGCCAACCGUCUUCCUCCACUGAUGGAGAGCCCACCUGCCACUCGAAGGUAAGCGUUAUCCAGCUGAAUCAGAGGACGGAUGGUGGAAACAUGUGCGAUGACAAACCACGUCCAGAAACAGACAAUAAAAUGACUUCUACCCUGCACCCAGAGCCAAGCCUGGAGCCAGUUUUAAAGGCUGUACCACCAACAUCUUAGGAAAAUUGGCUCUGAUGGAAAGUACAAGCCUUAACCAGAGUAUGCUUGAUUAAUAAAGGAAGUUGCCAUUUGUGGGAUAGGAAAACUGUCAAGAACAAAAAUUGGGACUGCCUUAUAAUUUCCUUAAUUAACAGUAAAGAUGGCCACAUCACUCCAGGUAUGAUUCAAUGACAAAUUUCUAAGCAAUAGCAUCGACUUUCCUGUAAAUUAGUUAGUGGAGUACUUAGAAGUAGUAGAGUUUUAGUUCUUAGUGAUAUAUGGAUCAGUGUCCUCCAGAAUCAAUCUAAAAGGCAAGCUGGAGUAUCUAAUUUAGCUCCUUGCCUUUCUUGUCUUGUUCCAUUCCGUCCAUGUCUUGGGAUUUCAGAUUAAAUUUCUCAAGAAUAACCAUAAUUCCUGACAGUCCACUCAAGUUUUUGCUCAUGCUGGACAAUGAUGUUUUGAGGGAGUGAAGACAGUGACUCGACAGGUUAGUUUCUGAGUGGUUACAGCUAAUUUACAGCACAUCUUUGUGUUGAAGUCUAGGGUCAACAAACUGAAAGAUGAGCUAAGACAAUGAGUAGAAAUUACCAUAUACAGAGGUGUCCCUGGGCUACAUAGCCUUAUCUGUCCUGGUGAAAAUGGGAGCACUCCCGAAACUUCCAGACCUGGUGCACAUUUCAAAUGCCCAAACCCUACUCUGGGGAAGAAUGGUGGUCAGCACCAGACUUUUUUUCUCCUUUAGCACCUCUAACACCACAGACACCUAGUCAAAGAGACCAACAGUGUGGAACAAUCAGCAUUCCCAUCUCAACCACCUAUGGGUGAGAUCCCAGGGCAUGUAGUAUGGCGCACUUGAUCUACAUGAACCCAAGGAGGUGAGUUCUUCCACUGAGCUGUCACAGACCCCAAAUUCUCCCUUGGAAUGAUCUGAUCCUGCUGUUUUGUUCAAAAACAGAAGGUGGGAUCACACUAUAUUAAGGAUGAAAGGGAAGAAAUGAAAAAAAAAAAUUUUUAAAAGAAGCUGUUUUCUUUGUAUGAAUAGAAUCCUCACUAAAAUAGGGAAUAAAUGGGUAAAGUCCCAUCCCAUGCCUUAGAGGAUGUGAAAACUCUCCUCCACAGGGAACACCCCUAGUGUUGGAGAGCUAUUACUGUGUUACAGAAAUCUAAAUUUACAAAAAACAUGAAUCAGCUGUCUUUAAAAGAACAGCAGCAGUUUAAACCAUGAGGACAUUCAUACCAUUCCAUGUACUAGGAUAUAAUCAGUUUUUAUUCUCUUUACUUUCUAAUGCCAUGUCUGGCUUGUUUUCCUGAAGUCUCUAAAACAGAGCUGCCAACAGAGCUCCCUGGGCUACAGGUCUCACAUUCCAGCCCAUAUUUUUCAGUACCACUCUAACUCAGUUUCUCUCUUUGCUUGCGGUUAACAACACUGCAGUGAAUUACUGACAUCUGUAUCCAGCGGGUAUAAGUUUGCCAAGCUGUCUAUAUUUUCAUCUACCUCACAACUCAGCUUUCCUCUCCCAGUUACCUUCAGUGAUUGUAUAAUAUUUUUUAAAAUUACUAAUAGCUUUUUGGCACUUACAUGAUCCCCCAAAUAUUUUUACAUUACGUUUGAACUUUUACGCUGUGGAUGCAAUCACAAAGAUAAAGAAGAGGUAUGCACCUGACUGCUUGCUGACUUGAGCUUCCUUUUGUUAACAUGUUUUGCUUGCCAGUCUGCUCUGCGAAGUCCUACCUCGCUUCCCAUUUGUUAUGCCAUUUACACAUCUCUUUCUGUAUUACCGCUUCCUAGGUUUCUCUUCUGUGGCUGAAUCUCUUCACUUCAUACUUUUAAGCUGUAGUUUCCAAGUUUACUUCCCUUCCCUAUAUUGCCCCCAGAGUACAUGUCUAUCUACUUAGUUCAUGCCUAUCCACUUAGUUCUUUUGUUUGGGUACUUUUCACAUCACUGCUUGAAUCAGUAUCAUCUGCAAGUUUGAUUCAUAUCUCAGAACUCCUCUGUGAUCAUCAGCAUCUGUGUGAACCAAAUUGUUUGAUAGCCUGUAGGGUGAAGAAUUUCCAUAUGCUACAUUUCAAUAUUUGUCUUUUCUCACAGUCCUUAAGUUAGUUUUCAGCCAAUGCACAAUUACUCCAUGUAAAGCAGCACAGCCUGGCAUACACGUGACCUAAGGAGAUGUUAAUGAUCACUGUGUGACCAUCACUGUCCCAACACUUUACAGUCUGGUCAGAAUUAAUCUUGUUGAGAUGUUCACAUCCAUUUCUGACCUAGCUGGUCUAAAGCACUCUUCAUAGACAACACAGGAGACAGGCAUUUCUAAGGCACAAUUCAUCUGACUUAUUCUAGACAUCUACUUCAGGAUGGAUGAGUUGUUCCCUGUAAGUCUUGUUCCUCUCCAGUGAUUAGGCAGAAACUGAAAAUAAGAGUUCGGCUCUUGCUAUCAAGCACCUUCUCCUCCACUGUCCUAGGUCAGAAUCUUUUGGUGCUUUGUGAAAAAUAAUGUAAUUGGCUUUUUCAGAAGCAUAGUGAGAAGAAAUGAAAACAAGGUGUGAUUCAUCUGAUCGAGUGUGCCCACUGGUGCAGCUUCUCACAGCUGAGAUAGGUAUCACAGGCUCCUUUGCUGUCAGCAGAAUACAGUGUGCACUUUUAGGAAGCAGUGCAUGUCUACUCAUCCCAGAGCAGACAUUUUAAAAUGGAUCAUACAAGUCAUGCCCCAGAAGUUCUCAUUUGUUUCUGCUGAUUGUAUGGGAAGCCUGAGUGGCAGCACAGGUACCUGUACUGAAUGGGUUUACCUGAGCUUGCAGUACAGGAUAAAAAUUUCACAUGUAGAGGGGAUCACAGGUCUCAUAGCCAUAUUUAAGAGGUGCCUGGUUAAUAAGGCUGAGGCUAACACAAAUACAGAACUGCACUGGAGACAUCUAAAGCUAGGUGGCAUGACUGACCUAGCCACGGACCAUAAACAGAAGUCAAUUUUAUGUGCAAGGAUUACGCUGAGAGGAGGUGGCUUUUUUUUACGCUCAAAAGGAUUAAGGUACAGGAAUAGGAGUGGAAGCAGAGAAUUACAAAGUAUUUAGAGAAGACCAGAGGACAUGCACAACUUAAGAAAAAGUAAAACCUGAAAAGGAAAGCCUAUAGGCUAUCUAGAGCAUCCAAACAUUAAAAAAGGUUAAGUACUCCUUUGAAUGCUGAAAGAAGUCUGUGGGGCACAACACAAAGUCUGCUUUUCAUCAGCAGGCCCUAACAAAACUCAGUAAAAACUAGAUUAAUUGGAUUAAUAUAGUAGUAGCAGUAUUGCUAUCCUGCUUAGGGCAUUUGGUCAACGAUCUGUUAAACUCUGGUACAAACCACCAGAAACACUGCCAGUCUAAGCAAUGAUGUUGCCAUCAAAUCUAGAGGGGUCUAGAGGGAACUAUGCGGGCAGGUCAGAGUCCCCUCACAGCGCAGAGACAACCCUGAAGGUAGAUUAGAUGGCUUCUGUAUAGCCCAGUACUGAAUAUUCCAAGGAUGGAAAUGGAGCUGCUGAAUCUUUUCAGGUUACUGAAGCGUUCAAAAAUAAUAUUGGAAGCAUGACUGUGAAACCAGAAAGCACGCAGGAAAAUGACUUCUAGAUCUCUUCCAGGUCUGAAGUUUAAGCUUUAGAACUUUUAGAUCUUAAAUAUCCAAUCUAAUUUUCACAGUAAGGAAAAAGUCAGGGUAUCUGGUAUGAUUUUAACUUUGGCAAACUUGGCGCAACCAUACACUCACAGUCACAACUGAAGAUACUUCUCUACAGGCCAUUCUAAUCUAUGCUAAUACUCUUGAUGGAUUUUCAGAAGUCCCAUUUGGAUUACAAUUGUGAAAAUGGAAAAAUGCAGAAGAACUCUGCCUGUGUGGAGAAAAAAUGUUUUGUAGUAGAGCAUUCAAAGGUGUGCUUUAUGAAUAUUUUAUAGUUGAAUGACAAUGUUCCUGAGUGCUGUAUUGGGGGGGGGGGGGAAAAAAAAGAGAUGGUGAGCAUAGAAUAGUCUUUUAAAAAUAUUUUAAAAUAUAGUUCCAAAGAAAUGAUGUAGCUGUCAGAGAAGCUGUCAAUUUGCAAGUUUGUUACAACAAUACAAUGUUAGAUGCUAAAAAAGUAUUAUGUAUUUCAAAAUAUUUUAUAUUAAUAUUUAAAAUUCCUCAAAAAGAUGUGUUGCUGGGUUUUUUUCCCUAUCUGGCAGAUAUCUGUGGUGUCAGGAUGUGUUGGGUGUAGUUUAAACUCAGUCCAGCUGGCACAAAUAAAUUCCUGAGCUUUUAUAAUCUGCACUGAAAACAUGCAAACCAGAAUUAAAUUAAGAUUAAAUUCCUUGCAUGGAUGGUUUAUACAAAUGAACACACACUAUGGAUUCUAAUCAAAAGGAGAAAAUGCUUUUCAAUUUGUUCUUGGCAAUUUUAAUGACUCAAGAGGUUUUGAAUUUUCAACAUGCGUCUUUUGUACAGUAAAAUUAGGCUUUGUGGUUAGUACACUGAUUAAAAAAGAAUGUUCUCUAGUUUACAAGUAAAUAAAAUAUAGCUUAAUAUACCUGAAUACAACAGAUGCUGUAUGAAAGCAUGUAGAAUAAUAAGUGUAAUUCAAACAUUCAGCAAGAACUCAGCAUCAUUUUAACAAAACGUAAGAGAUGCUGAAAACAUUUAAAUACACAUAAUCUGAUUAUUAUACUCAUGGUGUUUUACUUCACACACACCACAAAUUUAAUUACAGAAUAUAAUUUAGCUAGACACACCAGUAAGUUUAUGUUUGAUAAUAUGUGCACUUGAAACGAUUACAAAUAAACAUAAAGCAUUUAGAACACAUCGUUUUCUUUAUGUUAGUCUAUUUCUAUAGUCUCUCUUGAUGGGAUUUCAGGUACCACAGGACAAUCUGUCCCUCCCUGAAACUGGGCCUAAUGUGCCUCAAUUAUUCUUUGGAACAUAAAAGUAGCUCUGGCUUUUUAAAAUACUACGUUUCUAAAAAAAGGAUUCUUUCACUUGUGUUUAGUUCAUGAACUAUGACAAAUACUACCCACAAGAAGACCAAGUAUUUAUUAAGGAAUUUAAUUGUCAUCAAAUGGCCCUGUGCCUAAACUUAAUAAAUUGUGCAAUACCUGUCACCUUUGAUGUAUAGAUACCCGCAUUAUAUAGUAGACCUAGAAAAUGAUAUAUUUAUCACUUAAUGCUGAAUGCAAAAGGCGUACAUUAAUCACAGUAAUAUAUUCUGUAAUAUGAGCAUAGACUGGAAAAUGCUGACCAGUAAUAUAUAAUUUUAAAUGUAUUAUUCAAAUUUGGGUCAUACACUAGAAUAGCAAACAUUUUUUUAUGUGAUUUGGGGAGCUGUAAGAGGAGAGUUUGCUCUUUUACCUCUGUAUUUUAGGAAGUAGGAGAUGCUCAAAUUUCAGAUUGCUUUUUAUUAGAAUCAGAAUUUAAAGCUUAUGUAUUUGAAGGCAUUUAUUUGUGUGAUAAUGCUUAAACAAAACUGAACUGGAAAGAGUAAGCAUUGUUCUGUUCCUUCAACUGCUGGCAAAAAGCUGAGUAAGUAACAGUAAUAAAGGCAAGUCUUAAUAUGUCAAAUUGUUUCUUUCGGUUCAUGCAAGCGUAUUUUUUCUAAGCAGAGCUGGAGAUCAGCUGCAUUCUUCUAUUCAACAUGCUCUCUGAAGCCAUUUUUAAGUUCCUAGUCAUACAAUGGUCUGCUAAUGUUGCAAUGUAAUGAUAGUCUUGCUUGUACUAUUGUCUCGAUGCAUGCAAAUGAAAAUUAAAAUAAUGUUAUCAACUAUUAAUGAUGCAUAACUGUUAAAUCUGUAAUGUCAACCAUAAAGGCUCAAACAAGCCUUUCUUUCUCUCAACAAUAAAAUAAUCUGGGUUUA